AUGCUGAGUGUUGCUUCUCUGUGCGUGGGAGGCGAAGUGAAACCUGCUGAGAAACUUCCACUUGAAGCUGCUGCUUCGGAAUGCCCUACUAAACCUCAAGGAUCUUGUCCAACUGAAGAAGAACCAGCAGCUGCUUCAUCUCAUCCUCUUCCUGGUCACCCCCCACAAGUACCUUCUGGUGCUGAUUGUACUACUGACACUCCGUGUACUACUGGUAGCGGUGUUGCUACUACAGCCUCUCCUACUAAUUGUGAGACACAUCCUCAGCAGGAAGGUUGCGCUAACCGUGAGCACCAAACUGAAGACACUUGCACUGCUGAUUCUGGUAAAACUUGUCAAGCAACCCAACAGGUUAACACUCAAACAAGAAAUGAUCACCCUGAUGGACAUGGUCCUCAAGGUACUCAUGGUGAGCGGAAGUCCGACAGUGCUGAUUCUUCCGGUAGAACAAAGGAAGAUGGCGUUGAUCGUCCCUCUUCUGAUACUGAUCCUUCUGAACUUCCUCCUCCUACUAUUGCUGAACCGGCUGCUCCAUCUUCUCCUGUACCUUCUGAUGAGAGUGUUGCUGCGUCCACAAGUGCAGCUCAACCUGAGACCAACAGCAACAGUGUCGCAGGUGGCAAUUCAACACAACAAGACGGUGACGCAACACAAACGCCUUCAAACACUUCAGAGAAAGUGAGUACGGAUAGUUCUGAAAAUACAAACACUGUGAGUGGCACUACAUCUGAAGAGAGUGAAUCAACAAAUAACCAAACUGAAGGAGUGGCAGGUAACACAGAUACAACCACCACCACCACCACAACAACAACAACAACACUUCCUCCUGAGUUUACAAACAACAAGAAGGGUGAUGCAGACAGCAGCAGCAGUAUCAACAGUUCUGUGUGGGUGCGUGUACCACUACUGAUUGUGGUUACACUGGCCUGUAUUCUUGUGUGCUGA